AGCGUAAUUGUCCUCAGUCCAGAUCAGAUCUUCGGCCGGUGUAGGUGUUCGUACUCUGCAAUCAUUCCGCGCGAUCCUUAUGAACGAUGGAGAAUUUUGGCUACAAGGAGGGUUCCACGAAGCCCAAACGGCGCCUUGGAACCGGGACGAGAUCGAUCAAGGUGAAGAACCAACAGGUCCCGAUACCGAUGAAGCCGAGGUUUUCUCUCACACCGGACGUAACAGUGCACUGGAGGAAUGAUCCUGAGGUUGCUUUAGCGGAAGAUUUCGAGUACAUGAAGAUUGGGCCAUCGCCACCGGCCGAAAGUGCGCCGAACAUGUUUGACAACUAUGAGGAGUCGAACGUGGAGUUCGGCUUCGAGGUAUCGGCCGAUACGAUUCGAACCUCACUGAUGGAGCAAAUGAGGCUCGCAUCCGGUAGAUUGAAGCUGCUGGAUAACAUCGAACAAGGGAACAUCAUUGCUAACAAUGUGAAGGAGAUGCUGGAAGGCGCGACGAGAGCGGAGAAGAACAUCAGCUUUCUAUUUGCGGCUUUCUUGAAACGAUGGGACUUGUUGGAGGGACUGUUGGAAUGUGGAGCAGAGCUUACGUUCUUCGACAACAACGGAUUCACUGCUUUGCACUUGAGUUCAUUCAGCGGAUGUUUGAACUGUUCUAGUUUCUUGGUUGGCAGGGGUUUGGAGGUGAAUAUGCAACCCAAAGCGUUAACUCCGCUGCAUUGUGCUGCAUUUGGCGAUUCGAUGGAGGUGGCCCGAUUUUUGAUUUCCAAGGGCAGCCACUUGAAUACCAACACAAAGAAGCCAAAUUGUGAGGAAUCAUUGUUGCAUUGUGCCGUACGUGCGAAUGCCAUCAAUUGUGUUAAGUUAUUCAUAACCGAAGGAAUGGAUGUGAAUUCACUAAAGCCGAGUGGAAUGAAUGCGAUACAUUUGGCAGCAGAUUUGAGUCACGUUGAUUGUUUGAGGGUGCUGUUGGAGAGUCCCGAUGCAGAUCCCAAUAUCCGUAUCGGGAUUCGCGAGAAGGAAUCAACGGCACUGCAUCUAGCAGCGGACGAAGGAAAUGUGGAUUGCGUAACUCUGUUGUUAGCCAAAGGAGCAAACGCCAAGUUGAAAAACCAUCGCGGAUUCACACCGCUCCACUUGGCUGCUCGAACGUCAAGCCUAGAGUGUGUGGAAUUGCUUCUCAGGGUCGGCAAUGCUGAUCCGAACGCAGAAGACUUCGACCAACGAACUCCGCUGCAUACCGCCAUCGGAAAAUCGGAUAGUUCUCUCGACAUUAUCGAAACACUCAUCUGCUGGGGCUCCGAUAUCAACCGAAAAGACGUCUUCGGGUUUACAGCACUGCAUUUAGCUGCAUUAGAUGGGCUUGCUCAUUGCGUUGAAAUUUUAAUCUACCACGAUGCAGAUGUCACAACCAAAUCUAAAAAAGGAACAACCGCAUUGAACGUCAUUACCAGAAAAACUCCGGCAUCUCUCGCUAUGAUAAGACGAAAAUUUGAUGAUGCUAUGACUCUUAUCCAUUUACAAGACCCCUCUGAUAAGGAGGUUGUUUUAGAAUUGGACUUUCGCAGCAUAUUACAGCACUGCUAUCCACGCGAAAUCAGCUAUCUCAACACGCUGGUAGAUGAAGGUCAGAAAGAAAUCUUACAGCAUCCCCUUUGCUCCGCGUUCCUCUACAUCAAGUGGGGUAAAAUUCGUAAAUACUACAUCGCUCGGCUUUUGUUUUGUUUCAUCUUCAUCCUAUUCUUGACUUUGUAUGUUCUCACUGCGUUGGCCCACAAUUGCUACAAUGGCAGCAAAGAUAUGGAAGAAACUAUCCAGGAACAGGAAUUGUGUCAAAAGCAAUCUAUUUUGGGAAAUAUGCUUCGGAACAACCCCUUCGUAAUGGAAAUGCAAUGGAUAGUCCUGGUGGCGAUUACUUUCGUGGAAAUUUGUCGCAAACUCUAUGGGAUGACCGGGUACUCUUCAAUCCGUCGAUAUAUUACCCAAAUGGAAAAUGUCACCGAAUGGUUCAUCAUUGUAAGUGUUUUCGUAAUUUCAUACAUCUACACGAAACGAACCUAUACCUGGCAGAAUCACAUCGGAGCUUUCGCCGUGCUGCUGGGCUGGACUCACCUGAUGGUUAUGAUAGGACAGCUACCCGUUUUCGGAGCUUACGUUGCGAUGUACACCAAAGUUCAAGUCGAAUUCGCAAAGCUGUUCAUAGCGUAUUCGUGCAUGUUGGUAGGAUUCACCAUAAGCUUCUGCGUUAUAUUUCCAUCAUCGUCGUCCUUCGAAAAUCCUUUCAUGGGUUUCAUCACCGUAUUGGUCAUGAUGGUUGGUGAAUUGGAUCUGGAACUGUUGAUCAACGAUCCUGAUGGAAAAGAUCCCCCGUUCAUGUUGGAGCUGAGUGCCCAAAUCACAUUCGUACUGUUCCUUCUGUUCGUAACGGUAAUUUUGAUGAACCUUCUCGUAGGCAUAGCCGUCGACGAUAUCCAGGCGCUCAAGAAAACAGCCACCCUUUCCAAAUUGGUCGGACAAACGAAACUCAUUUCUUACAUCGAAUCAGCCCUGUUCAGCGGUUGGCUACCGAAUUGGUUACGAAGUCUGCUCCACUACACCGCACUUGUUUCCCCACAAGCGUAUCGGGUCAUACUGAGCCUUAAACCUCUGAACCCAGAAGAAAAGCGUCUCCCUAGACCGAUUAUGAUGGCUGCCUAUGAAGCCGCAAUGCAACUGAAACAUCCUCAAGUCAAUCCGACGGUAAACCCAGCAGCCACCCCCAUAACCAACAAAUACCGCUUCCAGAAUGGAACCGUGGGCCCGAACGGGCAACCACUGGAGCGGAUCAUCGAGUCGGACUACGGCUUCGAGACGGCUAGCAUUUGCACCCUGACCACCAAGAUCGACGAGAGCUCCGAAAAGUUGGACGUUCUAUCGAAGGAUCUGGCCGAGCUGAAAGCCGUUAUGACAACCAAUCAAGCUUUGAUUGACAAGAUUUCCAAACUUCUUGCGAAGUAGAAUGUAACGAUUUGUAUCUUUUAUAUGCAUUAACAUAUAACAUGAAAUAAACUAUAA